AUAGAGUAAGGCGGAUGUGUGCGGUGCAGUUCCCUGCCGCCCCGCCGGGGGCGCUGCAGCGCCGCAGCAGCACAGACCGGCUCACAGCUGCUGUCUGAACCUCUUUGACGUGGAAGCGCGUGGGCAGGACGAGCCGCUGAUGUGACCUCACGUGAGACUCUACGCUCAUUUUAAACGGUUUAUUUGUCAUCGACGUGUCUGUCCGUCGCGCCGGUUUGGACGUAAUUAGCUGCUGCUGUUGUUGUUGUAGUUGUUGUUGUUGUUGUCUUUCAGUUAGCCAACAAGCUACAGCAAGCUAACCGUAGCCGGCUAGCAUGUUAACGACUUUCAAUACAAAUACACUGUGAACCACCAACAAGACAAACGGCUCCUCCUCUGCGGCUCGGACUUCAGAUGAUGAAUCCAUUCACGUUUUAAAUCAAGUGAUGCUUUUCUGACCGGAAGCCUCGUUUCAUGUCGCUAAAUCGUGGUGUAAAAGUCUCAAAUGUGACUCUAACGACACCAGCUGGCCGUCCCCUCGUGGGCCGAUCUAAAGACGUCCCCGUGUUCGGUGCCUCGUGCCGGUAUCUUUCUCUCCUCCUCAAGAAGCUGCUGAGCUUCGGCACGAUGCGGCGACUCUUCACCAGAAUCCUGAACCGGGUUCUGCUGAGCGAGCCGUUCGCGAUGGGCGGCGAGGCGGAGCUGCACACGGAGGGCCGCCGGAAGCUGGUGGUGGGGCUGGGCAACGUGGGCAUGGAGGGCACGCGGCACAGCGUCGGCAUGGCGGUGCUCGGCGCGCUCGCCGCCCGGCUCGGGGCGGCCGACCGUUGGCGCGGCGACGGGCGCGUCUCCGGCGAGGUGGUGGUGUCGGAGGUGGAGCGGACGCACGUGGUGCUGCUCCGCCCGCGGCUGCUGAUGAACGUCAACGGCGUGUCGGUGGCCAAAGCCGCUGGUAAAUUUGGUAUCAAACCCGAAGACAUCGUGCUGGUCCACGAUGAGCUGGACAAGCCUCUGGGGAAAGUGGUCAUCAAGCACGGAGGAAGUGCCAGAGGUCACAACGGCGUCCGCUCCUGUGUCGACUGUCUGCAGACGGAUGUGAUGCUCCGCCUCCGCGUCGGGAUUGGCCGCCCGCAGGGGAAGACGCCGGUGGAGCGCCACGUCCUGGGCCGCUUCUCCUCGGAGGAGAGGAAGGUCCUGGAGUCCGUUCUGGCGCAGAGCGUGGACCUCCUCCUCGCCCAGCUCGCCCCUCCUCCUUCCUCCUCCUCCUCCUCCUCCUCCUCCUCGCCAGCAGGGGGCGGGAGGGAGCGCAGCACGACGUGAAGACCGAGCGGUUUCAGAAUAAAAGUCUCCUCUGUGCAGCAAACUGGGAUUUGUUCAACGACUCGAAUGUUUGUUCUCCAUGAAUUAAAGGGACUGAAA